GGCCUUCCCUGGUCACUUGACAUUUAACAGUACUAGACAUCCUUCUUCAUUGCAUGAUAUUGCAACAGAACUCAUCUCUUCCCCCUUAAAACCGUAAAGUUACAGCUUUUGCACUAUUAUCUUUUGCGCAGAUAAACUGAGACACGAUGCCUCACUCAUUCCCAUUCCUCUCUACGGAGCAGAAGAAGGAGCUCAGUGAUAUUGCUCAGAAGAUCGUUGCUCCCGGCAAGGGAAUCCUUGCUGCCGAUGAGUCUACUGGCAGCGUCGCCAAGCGUUUCCAAAGCAUCAACGCUGAGAACACUGAGGAGAACCGCCGUCUUUACCGCCAGCUCCUCUUCACGGCCGACCGCGUAGAGCCAUGCAUCGGCGGGGUCAUCUUCUUCCAUGAGACCCUGUACCAGAAGACAGAUGACGGCAAGCUGUUCCCCCAGCUCAUCAAGGAGAGAGACAUGGUGGUGGGCAUCAAGGUGGACAAAGGUGUCGUCCCCCUGGCCGGGACCAACGGAGAGACCACCACUCAGGGUCUGGAUGGUCUGUACGAGCGGUGUGCCCAGUACAAAAAGGACGGAGCUGACUUUGCUAAGUGGCGUUGUGUGCUGAAGAUCACUGACACCACCCCCUCAGAGCUGGCCAUCAAGGAGAACGCCAACGUCCUGGCGCGCUACGCCAGCAUCUGCCAGAUGCAUGGCAUUGUGCCCAUCGUGGAGCCUGAGAUCCUGCCUGACGGAGACCAUGACCUGAAGCGCUGCCAGUAUGUCACAGAGAAGGUUCUGGCUGCAGUGUAUAAGGCUCUGUCUGACCACCAUGUGUACCUGGAGGGCACCCUGCUGAAGCCCAACAUGGUCACCCCUGGACACUCCUGCUCCCAAAAGUUUAACAACCAGGAGAUAGCCAUGGCAACUGUCACCGCCCUGCGCCGCACCGUGCCCCCAGCCGUGCCUGGCAUCACCUUCCUGUCUGGCGGCCAGUCUGAGGAAGAAGCCUCCAUCAACCUGAAUGCCAUGAACCAGUGUCCCCUUCACCGGCCCUGGGCCAUCACCUUCUCCUACGGCCGCGCCCUGCAGGCCUCCGCCCUCAAGGCCUGGGGAGGCAAGCCAGAGAACGGCAAGGCCUGCCAGGAGGAGUUCAUCAAGAGAGCCCUGAACAACAGCAAGGCCUGUCAGGGCAAGUAUGUUUCCUCUGGAGACAAGGGCGCCGCCGGCGGAGAAUCCCUCUAUGUGGCCAACCAUGCCUAUUAAGUAUGGACCCACCCCUUUCGAUAUCAAACCACACCCACAUUUCCCCACACUAUCCACUCAGCUGUUACCCUUUUUUUUUUUUUAACUCUUUCCCUCUUCCACUUCUUUUUUCUUUGGGCUUUGUGAUGUCACUGUUAUCUUAUUGUCUAGUGCAGGAAAGUUAAGUGUGUCUCGUCAGUUAUUUUAACAUUUUAGCACUCAACCCCCCUCUCUGCUUACAAUAUCCUCCCCUGUGACUAUCCCUCGUGAUUCAGUGUUGUCUUCUUGAUGAUUCCUAAGUACAUGUGCCUUCUUCUCUUGACUGAAAAAAAAACUCUGGAGGAAGACCUUGUAGAGUAUAUUAUUAAUGUAUGAGAUUCUAUACACUGGAAAUAGAAAAUAAAGAAUCAUAUUCACUAAA